ACUGUUGUGGGCUGCGAGAAAUGGCCAAAGGGAGGUGGUUAGUGAUUUGAUGCACAAAACAGGAGUCAACAAAACCGCAAAAGAUAAGGACUUACGCAAUGCGAUCUCCUGGGCAUGUCAAGGGGGACAUACUGACACUUUGCGCAUUUUACUAAAGAACAAGUGCGGCGGUGAGGACGACGUCGAUAUUGAUGGUUGGACACCAUUACUAUGGGCACUCUUUGAUAGAUCUCCAGCGACUGUGGAAACACUUCUUUCGAGCCGUCGCGUCCAAAUCGACCGCCAAGACAGCUAUGGGCGUACAGCUUUGAUAUGGGCUGCGAGUUAUGGGUAUCUAGACGUGGUGCAGUUACUAGUGUCUUGGAAAGCAAAUCUGCUUAUCAAGAAUCAAGGUGGACAUGCUGCUGCAGAUGUUGCAAGGAUAGAAGGGCACACUGAAGUGUGGGAGUUUUUGGAGGCUGAGCAAAACAAGGAAACAUAGAAAAAUGUGGAUGAGUAGUUUAUACUAGGUAAUGUCCCAUCAAUCGUCGUAAGCCUGUGGAAGGCA